AUGACUGCCUCUUCAACUCUUCCCGCUACCUCCAAGGCUGCCGUCAUCGUGGAGCCCUACAACAUUGUCGUCAAGGACGUCCCCACCCCCCAGAUCAAGGAGGACAACGAUGCGAUCAUCAAGACCACCGCCUCGGGUCUUUGUGGCUCCGACCUACACAUCUACCGCGGCCACCAGCCGGGACCCUACAACUACGUGAUCGGCCACGAGGUUGUCGGCACCAUUGCGGCCGUCGGCCCCGGCGUCAACAAGUUCAAGGUCGGCGACAAGGUUGUUGCGCCGUUCGCGACUACCUGUGGUCGCUGCUUCUACUGCAAGCAAGGAUACACUUCUCGCUGUAAUGGCGGUGGACAGCUUCUCGGCUCCGCAGCCAACCCAGGCGCACAGGCCGAGUACGUCCGCAUCCCCGAGGCCGAGGCGUCGCUCCACCACGCACCCGACGAUAUCCCCGAACAGCUCCUGCUUCUUAUGGCCGACAUCCUGCCCACCGGCUACAGUGCCGCCUACAACGCCCGCCACCUCCUCGAUGACCACCAGGUCCAGCCUGUUGGAGCCUUUGAAGUCGGAGUUGUCAAGCAGCCUCCCGGCAAGCGCGGCGUUGCUGUCGUCAUUGGAUGUGGUCCUGUCGGACUGUGUGCCAUCACCUCUGCGCUGAGUAUGUUUGAAAAGGUGUUCGCAACAGACCUCGCCCCACACCGCCUCAAGCAGGCCGAAAAGCACGGCGCCAUCGCCCUCCAGGGCGAAGAGCUCAAAAAGGCCGUUCUCGAGGCUACGAAUGGACUUGGCGCCGAUGCAGCCAUCGAGGUUGUGGGACACCAGAGCGCCCUCGACACUGGUAUCGAUCUUCUCCGUCCUUGGGGCGUGCUCUCGAGCUGUGGUCUGCACACGCACGACGUGACCAUCCCCGGUCUUACGCUUUAUGGAAAGAACCUCCGCCUCCAGUUCGGCCGCUGCUCCGUGCCAACGUUCACGCCGGCUGCGCUCGAGAUCCUCCGCCAGCACCAGGACCUCUUCUCCCACUUUAUCGAGCACGAGGUUCCCCUCGAGAAGGCGCCAGAGUAUUACAAGGAGUUUGAGCAGAACAAGAUUGGCAAGACUGUGUUUGUGUUCUAG